AUGGACCGGAGGAAAGUCGUGCCCGGGUUCGUCCCCUGUUGCCUGUUACUGGUCCUGUGUGUCUCUGCUGAGGUCUCUGAAGGUGGACAUUUGAAUGCUGUGCAGAGUGCAGCUACACUGUCCUGUUCAGAAGGCUUUGAAGAACUGGGAUACUACAAUGGCUCAGUUUCCCACACGGACUCAGGCUCCCCCUGUCUGAAGUGGACAGACUUCCCAGACUACAUGCGGCAGUACCCGGGCCGAGGCCUUGGAGACCACAACUUAUGCCGAAACCCGGACCAGGAGGCCAACCCCUGGUGCUUCUUCAGGCAGAGCUCUGGUGCCAUCGGCUGGGCCUACUGCGACUGCCAUGCAGGUGCAGCCAGAUUGGUGGGGGGGUCAUCAGGCAUCAGCGGGCGUCUGGAAGUCUACCUGAAUGGCCAGUGGGGGGCAGUAUGUGACACACACUGGACUGACCGAGAUGCCAGUGUCAUAUGCAGACAGCUGGGACUGGGUGAGAUUGGUACAGCCCUGCAACAAUCCUACUUUGGCCCAGGAUCUGUCUUCCACUAUGAGCGUCUGGGUUGCCGUGGUAAUGAGAAAUCCCUACUGGAGUGCCGGAGCCGGAAGUUUGUCACCGGCGACUGUAACCAUGGCAAUGAAGCAGGAGUGAUUUGUGCUGAACCUGAAGGCACUGGCAUCCCUCUGAGGCUGGUGGGAGGUCUGGAGGACUUUGAGGGCCGUGUGGAGGUGUACCGUGAUGGCAGGUGGGGAACCAUUUGCGAGGACCAGUGGGAUGACACCGAUGCCGAGGUGGUGUGCAGACAGCUAGGCCUCGGGGGCGUGGCCAAAGCAUGGACAUGGGCCCACAUUGGCCAGGGUGUUGGUCCCAUCUUACUGGAUGGGGUCCAGUGUACAGGUAAUGAGCUCUCACUGGAGGAGUGUCCUCAUAACAACUGGGAGCAACACAACUGUGACCACAUGGGAGACGCGGGCGUGUCCUGCAACCCACACACAGACGGUGCAGUGCGCCUGGUGGGAGCAGACAGUCACUGGGAGGGCCGUGUGGAGAUUUACCACCACGGAGAAUGGGGCACAGUGUGUGACGACAACUGGACCGAGCUCAACGCCCAGGUAGUGUGCAGACAGUUGGGCUUCAGGGGCCGGGCGGAGGUGGCUCCUGACGGGGUGUAUGAAGAGGGUCGAGGGACGAUCCUGCUGGACGAGGUGCAGUGUCAGGGAACAGAGGCCGGUUUACUGGAGUGCAGCCACUCUGGGUGGCGCGACCACGACUGCUCCCACAGUGAGGACGUAGGUGUCCGCUGCGAAAGAGGAGGCGAUACCAAUGAGAUACCAGGCCUGCUGCCUCCUGCUGGUCCUCUGGUGCGGUUGGUUGCUGGAGAGAGCAGGAAGGAGGGGAGGGUGGAGGUCUUCAUUAACAGCCAGUGGGGAAGCGUGUGUGAUGACGGCUGGAAUGACAUCAAUGCAGCCGUAGUUUGUAAACAGCUGGGAUUCACCGGCACGGCUAAAGCCCGAUCCAUGGCGUACUUUGGUGAGGGCCAGGGUCCCAUCCAUCUGGAUAACGUUCGAUGCUCCGGCGCAGAGACGGCGUUAGGCCAGUGCACGGCUGUGGGUCAAGACGGACUUGACUGUCACCACAAUGAGGAUGCAGGCGUCAUCUGUGAUUACACCCUGGAUCCUGUGAGAGACAGUGCCAUGGCCCUGCAGACCUGUGGCCUGAGACUCAAUAACCAGCGUCGUCGACGCAGGAUCAUAGGAGGAGAUAAGUCACUGAGGGGUGAGUGGCCCUGGCAGGUGUCUCUGUGGCUCAGGUCUCAUUCUAAAGGAAACCAUCCUCUGUGUGGAGCCUCACUCAUCAACCCCUGCUGGGUGGUGACCGCCGCACACUGCUUCAAGAGAUUCGGCAGAGACCCAACCCGCUACGUGUUGCGCCUGGGCGACUACCACACUGAGGAACAGGAUGACUUCGAACGCACCUUGUCCCCUGAACGCAUCGUCGUCCACAGAAAGUAUCACAGUCAGGGAUGGGAGUACGACAUUGCCCUGCUGAGGCUCAAAGGUACAGAGGGUAACUGUGUAGCAUUCAACCCUCACACUGGUGCAGUGUGUCUGCCGGAGCCAGGGAACAAGUGGGAGAAGAGGCCUGCUGCCUGUGUGAUCACUGGCUGGGGCAUCACAGAAUCGGACUACUCCCGGACCCUGCUCCAGGCAUGGGUGCCCCUGCUUCCAGCCUGGAGGUGUAAGAAGCGAUACGGUGACCGCUUCACCAGCCGCAUGCUGUGUGCCGGGAGCCUGUCGGAGCGCCACCGUGUGGACAGUUGCCAGGGCGACAGUGGGGGUCCGCUGGUUUGCCAGGGGGAGGGGGGCCGUUGGGUGCUGACAGGAGUCAUCUCCUGGGGUCACGGCUGUGGUAAUCCCUCCUUCCCUGGGGUGUACACUCGUGUGAGCAGGUUCCUGCGAUGGAUUGACAAAGUCAUCAACAAACCCUACAAGAACUAAUGAUGCAGAAUAACGAUGUUGAUAUCCAGAGUCGUUAAGAGGUGUCAGGGUUUGUAGCAGCAGGUGUGUGCUGGUGAGAAUUAGGCCUCCUUGACUUCUACACUGAGCUCUUCACAUCAUUUGUCUCUUUUCUGAAAUCACUUCAAAAAGCAUGUAAAUGACACUGUAUAUUAUUCUCACAGUGUGAAUUCAUUACCAUACAGUCGGGGACACCUGUGCUGUGUCAUGUGACCAUGAUCAGAGCCAGUGAGGAGCACACAGCGAGUGGUAAAACAUACAUCUCCUCAAGCUGCUAUAUGUGCCUGUUUCCUGCACCUCUUCAUCUAACCAGUCCAUUCCUCACUCGCUACAGGGUUUCAAAACUGACCAAUCAGAUUGUACCGCUUCACAAUACCAGCCUUCCAGUGGUUUGCCUGUGGAAAGCUGUUAAUGUGGAGGAGCAGCAGCUUGAAGGUACAGCUUGUUACUUUAUGUGGUUUGGCCAUGCUCCCGAGCAGCAGUCCCUACUGUGAGGCCACAUGGAAAUGCAUAUGUUCAAGGUUGCACAGUACAGGUCUUUGGGUCCUGAUCCAAAGUGGACCACGAGAAAAAACCUGCCUGAGCCCAACGUGCAUAAAUCCAUUUUGAUAAUCAAAAUGGAUUUAUGCACUUUUCUCUAUACAGAGUAGUGCCAAUCCAACAGACUGGAUUAGAGAAACCUGUGGCAAUAGAAUCUGGCUACUAGGAGUCAAAUGGACCCACCGAGACCUCUACUGGGUACAUAUGAUACAGUUCAAUAGUGAGUCAUUUAAAACGUUGAAUGACAUUGCACUAAAAUGCAUGCCUUACAAUCACAUUGUCACCUGUGAAUGAGAACUUGAUUGACAGUGAUGGGUAAAAACAAAAGCCUUUGGAGAAUGAUGUGUGUAGAAGAGUAGAGUACUGAAUUAACAGUCCAUGUGUGCAUCUC